CCGAACUCGAGAUCUUUCUACGAUGAUACGCCUCAUUCUUCCGUCUGAGGCGGAAACUAAAAUGGCGCUGGGAACCUUGGUUUCGUAGAUUCGUUCAUUUAGGGCAUUUUCUUCAGAGAUCAGUGCACAGGUAUUAGGCAAUUGUUUUCGCGUGACUGUACGGUCUGUCUAGACUGAUUUUCUCGCCUCUAUCACGAACAUUGUACAUUACCAUGUUUGUUUCAGGAGAAAUCUUCAAAGGAACACGAACUCUCUGGUGGUCUGACUAACGCCUUUCAGGGAUGAAUCGAUUUAUAUUUGGAGUCACCUAAACAACCCUGAAGCUGCCAAAUAAUUCAGGUAAGCGACGAAAAGUCUUUAAUGUGGAGAAGGUAAGCUGAACGAGAAUUUUGACGUCUUAGCAUAUUUUACGUUCGGAUCAUAGAAUGGUAUAGUUUCUCCUAAGUUAGGAGAUUUAACAGCUGGCUGUUAAAAGCGAUCUUAAAAUACUUCUUCUCAGUAUAUUGAUCAGUUGUUAGCCUUAAAACAGCUGCUGUUGGCGAGUGUUCGAGCACAUAAAGGCAUGUUGUUUCGUGUUUUCCAGAAAAGCGAUCGAUUCGUGUUUAGGAGAAAUUCGUUUCUUUGUCAUCACUGGUUUCUUUUCUUGGUCUUUCUUGAGGCUGCACGACUUUUAGUAAGUACCUUUUAUUCGUUUUAAGAAAUCAUAUUGAUGACAAUGUUUAGGUUUAUUUCUAGAUUUACACCAUCACUGAUCUCCUUUGUAAAUGCAAAUGACAAUGUUCCCGCAUCGAUAACCAGACAUGCUUUAGUUGUAUUUCUUGUGGUUCCUAACUUGACUAUAUUUCGUUGAGGAUUAAUAAAAAUUGAAAUGUUUGUCAGUUUAAUUGUUUCUCCGUGAAGAGAAUCUUGGGGUGACCCGAAUCUUGAGAAGAACUGAGCAUCAGGGAAAUGAAAUUGAAAUUGAAAAUGAAAGUUGAAAUUUGCAUAUCAAAAUAAGGUGAAACAGGAAGUUUGAUUUGUGAUGCAACUGUAUCAUCGAUUCUUGACAACAUAUAUUAUUUGGAAUAAAUCUCUUUUUGUUGACAACCGCCUUAUAUAGCCGUCUGUUUUUUGCCGUCGGACCUUUUAGUUAACGUGAACCAAAUUAUUCUGAAAAGGAAAAGAAAAAUCAAGCUACAAAUUUACACUUCUAAAUUGCCUUUAACGGUAUUGAAGGACGGACUUAUGUUUCCGUUCUAAUAAAUGUUUCUAGUACGGCACCUCUAUAAAUGAUUUACUUUUUAAAAGUCUUGCAAAUAAGGAAAAUUUACGGAAAUAUAUAUAAGAUGUUCGUUUUGAAUCACGCUCAGCCGACAUCGCUUACUUAUGGCCAAUUUAACUCUGUUUUGUUCGUUUUUUGUUUACUUUAGUUAUAUAGUAUAGUAUAGUUUCUCCUAAGUUAGGAGAUUGAACAACUGGCUGUUAAAAGCGAUCUUAAAAUACUUCUUCUCAGUAAAUUGAUCAGUUGUUAGCCUUAAAACAGCUGCUGUUGGCGAGUGUUCGAGCACAUAAAGGCAUGUUGUUUCGUGUUUUCCAGAAAAGCGAUCGAUUCGUGUUUAGGAGAAAUUCGUUUCUUUGUCAUCACUGGUUUCUUUUCUUGGUCUUUCUUGAGGCUGCACGACUUUUAGUAGGUACCUUUUAUUCGUUUUAAGAAAUCAUAUUAAUGACAAUGUUUAGGUUUAUUUCUAGAUUUACACCAUCACUGAUCUCCUUUGUAAAUGCAAAUGACAAUGUUCCCGCAUCGAUAACCAGACAUGCUUUAGUUGUAUUUCUUGUGGUUCCUAACUUGACUAUAUUUCGUUGAGGAUUAAUAAAAAUUGAAAUGUUUGUCAGUUUAAUUGUUUCUCCGUGAAGAGAAUCUUGGGGUGACCCGAAUCUUGAGAAGAACUGAGCAUCAGGGAAAUGAAAUUGAGAUUGAAAAUGAAAGUUGAAAUUUGCAUAUCAAAAUAAGGUGAAACAGGAAGUUUGAUUUGUGAUGCAACUGUAUCAUCGAUUCUUGACAACAUAUAUUAUUUGGAAUAAAUCUCUUUUUGUUGACAACCGCCUUAUAUAGCCGUCUGUUUUUUGCCGUCGGACCUUUUAGUUAACGUGAACCAAAUUAUUCUGAAAAGGAAAAGAAAAAUCAAGCUACAAAUUUACACUUCUAAAUUGCCUUUAACGGUAUUGAAGGACGGACUUAUGUUUCCGUUCUAAUAAAUGUUUCUAGUACGGCACCUCUAUAAAUGAUUUACUUUUUAUUAGUCUUGCAAAUAAGGAAAAUUUACGGAAAUAUAUAUAAGAUGUUCGUUUUGAAUCACGCUCAGCCGACAUCGCCUACUUAUGGCCAAUUUAACUCUGUUUUGUUCGUUUUUUGUUUACUUUAAUUUGGGUGACCCGAAAUCACUGAUCCCCGGUCCAUGGGUCCCCCCGGACCUGGUCCACGGACCACUGUACGGACCAGUCCACGGAACCCCAUAAAAAGACAAAAAUAACAAUUAGAGAUUUAACUUACCGUUUGUUUUGUUUUGUUUUUUGUUGUUGUUGCCUCCUUCACUGUGGCGAUGAAAGGAGGACCUGCGUACCUCGAAAAAGACCGACUGCCUCCGCCAUUAUGUUCGGCUCAUUCCCCCGCGUGUUCAUUGACUCGUCCCAGGCUUCACAAAAUAGUGCUCCCUCGACAAAGAAAGAUACCGAUGUCCAUUACAGAUAGCGAUGCACCUUCAGUUUAUUUGACAGUUAUAUGUUUAGUUGCCAAAUCGUUCAGCAGGACGACUUUGUUAUGAUUGAUCGGGAGGGAAAAUACCACAGACAGAAUAAUCCACACAUCAAAGGUAACAACUUUCGUAUAACCAGGUCCCCCUCAGCCUCACUCUUAUUCAAAGGCUUGGCCAAUACGUAGCCAACUGUAAAGUGGACAUCACUAUUAGAGCAUUGAGUUGGACAGAGUAUGAACAAGCUUAAAAAUAAGGAAGGUAACAAUUUUUUGCCGUAUUAAGUACAUUGCAUCUCUUUUUCGCCGAACGGGCUUUAACUCCAUUUAAUUUAAUUCAAGAUACAGGACGGCAACGGCAACGACAAUGUCAUUCAAAAACCAACCCUGCCUCCCUAAUAAUUAAGAAAAAUGAAAAAUGGGUGGAUCCUCCUGGAGUUGAAAUUUUUUCAGGAAUCUUUUUUUGUAGGGAAAGAAAAAUCCGUUUGUUUGCUCCAUGAAAAACAUGAAAACAACGGGAGAUACCGUGUCGUAUUUUUGAAGUCUGGGACGAGUCACUGAAUACGAGGAGGAAUGAGCCGAACAAAAUGGUGGAGGCAGUCGGAGGUGGCAGCGAAUACACAAGUUAGCUAAGUUAUCGGUCUUUUUCGAAGUACGCAGGUCCUCCUUUCAUCGCCACAGUGAAGGAGGCAACAAUAACAAAAAACAAAACAAAACAAACGGUAAGUUAAAUCUCUAAUUGUCAUUUUUAUUAGCGUCUUUUUAUGGGGGGUCCGUAAAGGGGUUCCUUAGGGGGUCCGUGAAGUGAUCCGUACAGUGGUCCGUGGACCGGUCCGUAGGGGGGUCCAUGGACCGGGGAUCAAUGUUUUGGGGUCACCCCUUCAAUUUUAACCACCAUGCACACAUAAUUCUCAGUUUACUGGGAUAAGGAAGUGGUCUGCUUCCAUGUAAAUUAAACAUUACUGGAAAUGCUGUGCACUUAUGUACUAGUUAACGAUUGUUAAGCAAUUACUCCUUCGACUUUCACAAAGUCAUGCGCAACCGUGUGGUUUUGUCAGUUUGCGCACACCGCUCGCCUUAGAGUUUAAUGUUUCCCCAUAUUACUGAUAGAUCGAGAAUUCAUAGAGGUCAACUUGGUCUGAAUUCUACUCAUUCUUAGCUCAAAUCCUGAACAAACGUUCUAGGGAUAGUGAUGCAGUAUUCGUAAUUUUCUGACAUUUUUCUGGGUGCCCAGAUAAAACAGUGAUAAAACAGUGAAAAUAUCUGGCAUUGCUCUUCCCCCCCCCCUAUACAACUGAAUUGAAACUCGGGAAAAUUCUGGAUACAAGGUUAACCAAACCUUGUUUGUGGGGUUGGUGGUUGGGGCGGUGGGGGGUUUGGGAAUGUGCGAUUUAACGAAAGCCCCAUACAUGUGCAAAUAAUUGUGUCCCAAGACGUUUGUCCGUGAAUUUGAGAGCAAGGUUUCUUAGUUCGGCGUUGGUGAUUUAAUAGCGGAAAGCCUUAAUUCACCAGCAAAUGUUUAAGGUUUCGUGAUAAGUAGAAAGCCGCGACUCAUUUUUUUUGUUUGUUUGUUGUAAUGUUCAUGCAAACAACAUUCCUUUCCACUCGGUGAUAUCUUUUCAAUAUUAUUGUCAAUUUAAAAUCUGAGGACCAGUGGUCUGAUCAACGGUUCACUAAAAAACGGUUCCCAGCAGUGAUACUGUGAGGGUCAGGGGUAAGUGAUAUAAAGAACAAAUAUUGUAUUUAGAACUCGUUAGCAAGCUUGCGUAAUUUACGUAGAUACUUAGUACCAGUAGUUUAUUGUCACAAUUCAUAUGAAGCCCUUGUUCAAAAAAACUUUUAAAUGGUUGUUUGUUAAUGUGUGAGGAUUUUACAAACUGAGAACAAAUGCCAACUUAAGGCACUAGUGGGAACAGGCAUAUAACUAUAAGGGUGUAAAUUAUGUCUUGCAGGUCUACUGUGAUGGCUUCUGCUCCAACAUUAGCUCCAUCCACCAAGGAGACGACUAAUUACGCAAGAUUAUGUCGCCUUUUAGUGGAUGGAGGUACCAAGGCCUUAAGAUAUGCUUUUGACAAAUUCCACUCCCCAGCGAACCUGUUUAAUGUAUUGAAAGCUGGUUCUGCAGAACAUUCAACUCUGCAGUCCCUUAAGAAAAAGAGAAUCAUCAAUGCUACACAAUGGGGUAAGCUGUAUCCCUCUCCACCUUCAUCUGUAACAUCAGAAUACUUUGACAUCACGCUACUGAUGGUGCUUCUGAGGAACAUCUGUGGUCUGGCUGCUCCUGCCACAGGCUGGGAUAGUCUGCCACCUGCUUCAGACACGAGUGUUGAGGCUAACAUAGCCAGAGUGAAGCACUAUAGAAACUCUGUUUAUGGGCAUGCAAGCCAGGCGUUUGUGGACGAUCCUACGUUUAAUUCCUUUUGGCAGGAUGUUAGUGCCGCGUUGGUUGUACUGGGUGUAGAUGCAGCUGCUAUCACAAAACUUAAGACUGAGACUAUAGAUCCAGACAUGGAGACACAUUACCGAGAGCUGCUAAAGGAGUGGAAGAAAGACGAAGAUAACGUAAAAGACAAGCUUAAAAAGAUGGAAGGUGUGAAUAGAUAUUGUGAAACAUAUUGGUUAUAAGUAGGGGCCUUGGCCGAACUCAUUGAACGCCACAUAAUACUUUUUAAAAGGAUAAUGUAACUGUGUAACCAAUAAGACAUUGUCUGGUGGAAGUUGCUGAAAUGGUGGCUGAGAGUUGGUCAAAAUAACCUUUUUGCUAAUAAUUGGUGCGUUUGUUUUUGGGAGGUGGGGUAAUCUAAGAUCAUUAAGCUUCAGUACUGCUAACUGAGGUAUAAGGGUCCAAACACCACUCUUUUCUCAGGCUGAUGAAUUUUAAUCAAACCGUCCAACAUCAUGACCGCUGUAGAUGUGCUCUUUCUUAUUCAACCGCAAAAAUAGUCGUAUGCUUUUCAAACGAAUGGUAUACAUUUUAAAUUUAUUACAUUUGUGCAUGUUCCACGAUUUCUUUUUUCAGGUGCCAUUCGAGAUGACCUCGAAGACAUCAAAAGUGAAUUAGGAAGCGUCAGUAAGACGCUAGAGAAUCUAGAAAUGUCCUCAGUCGAAAGCGACGGUCAGUCUCUAAAUACUUAUAUUUCUUUGUGAGAGGGAUCUUCCAUACAAUUAUGCUUACUGAAAGGACACGUACUCAUUAAGCAUAUUAUUGCAAACAAUGCUUCAAGUAUAGUUCGACAAUAUGUAUUAAAUUAAAUUCGUCUACAUCCCAGCUGUUUUUAGCACGCUUAAGGUGUUUGAACACAGUUUUGGCAGUUUGUGAGUAUAUGUCAUUUGCCAAAUCAUGGCAAAUACAGCUUACUAUAAUUAAUCAUUACUAUUUGAAACUUAUUUGACCAAAUUUUAACAGACGAGUUUUUAGAUAAUCAAUAAUAUAAUUGUACUCUAAUUAUCAAAUAGUCUGUUCAACUUACAUUUUAAUGUUCUCAUUAUUUAAAAUACGAAAAGAGUAAACAUUCUGCCAAAUAUCAUAAAAUUUUGAUGAGUAGAUUUUGAGAAAUCGUCUUCCGUGUACCAUUGCUUUUUUCGCCGCCGUGUUUGUUUGUCCAAUUUAAACACGCGCCAUCACGCGAGUUACCACUGAGCGCCCGCAAAACUGUGUUCGGCCACCUCAAUUGUUAGUCGCAUCCAUGGACGGCGUAUGUUUCAACCAAGAUUUGAGCGUUUCAGGGUUCUGUUCGAAUUCACUAAAGGAUUAUUGUUAGUGUUAAACGUAAAUGAAACCUUUCCUUCAUCUUUUUUCUUUUAGAUGCCAUUCGAGAUGAUGUCAAAUGCAUCAAAAGUGAAAUAGGAAGCGUCAGCAGUAAGCUGAGAACUUUAGAAACAUUUGCAGCCGAAAUUGAAGGUUAGUCAUCGAAUAGAUUUUUAACCGGCCUUAAUAACAGGCUCUCUGUUUAAUAUGCUCACUGCAUGAAAAAAGGGACAUCUAUGAGUUCAUUAAUGUAGUAAAACCCUCCUUUUGCCGUUCAUCCUUUAGAUGCCAUCCAAGAUGACCUCAAAGAUAUCAAAACUGAAAUAGGAAGCAUUAGUGAAAAGUUGGAGUCUUUAGAAAUAUCUUCAGCGAGACAUGAAGGUCAGUUCCCAAGUAACCAGGGCUUUACUUGCUCUAUUACAAUCAACACACUGAAAUUUUCUAGAUUUCCUUAUUAUUAAUGAUUUUCCCGUCUAAACAAGCCAUCACGGAAUGUCCUCCAUAUAAAGGCUGAGUGUGGUUUACUGCUGAUGUAAUCAAAGUAAGAAAAGCAAUUAUGUUUGACCUUGAUUCCAGUUAUAUUCGCGGUGCGCGACUGCUGCAAACGAAUUUGACUGACAUAUCCUUAAGCGAAUCUGUUUCAAGUACGAAGAGGUUUUGGGUAGAAACGAUCGUCACCCGAAGGGUGACGUCUUCGUCAAACGAAGCUUUUCGAAUGAGGCACGAAGUGCCAGCCAAGAGCCCGCGGUCAGUUUUGUUCCGAGGUAAGUGUUUUUAAACAAAAGUAAAAACAAAGGGAGCGACUACAAAUGAAUUCACUUCGAUCACAGACAGAGACGUUUCUUGGCGAUUUAAACAGAAUAUUGUUACAGUCCGACCUCUAUUAAGCGGCCACCCUCGGGACUUUGAAAAGUGGCCGCUUAAUGGAGGUUUGCCGCUUAAUAGAGGUACAAUAUAAAUUGGAUAGGAAUGGCAGUAAACAUGAUUUUAUUGACUUUAUAUAGCAAAAUGCUUUUAAAAAGUGAACG